AUGCCGAUCGGAGAUGAAUGGUACGAGAUUUUAGGCUACGAUGCCGCACUGCUGGAGACGGCUAAUUCAGGCGAGCAUAGAGCGACUAGGCAGACGUACGCGCCGCGAGUGCUCGACUGGAAUCUCGCCAAGCGUGUCUUGCGAUACCUUGAGGGUACCGCGACGCUCAAGCUCGAGAUGGCGCCGGAGAGAACGAGUCGCGACACGUUGCAGCUCGAAGCAUAUAGCGACGCCGACUACGCAGCGGACAGAGCGGAUCGCAAGUCGCUAACGAGAGGCUUUGUGCUACUCAAUGCGAUGGCGGUGUCGUGGACCACGAAGAAACAGGGCGGUUUAAGUCUCUCGAAAAUGGAGUCCGAGUUCGGCGCGGCUUCGGAAGUCGUGCGCGAGCUCAUUGGCUUGAAACAGAUGCUCGAGAAGGUGGGCAUGGCGCCGGUUGUCUCUAUGCUGAUGUACGUGGGCAACCAAGCAGCCAUCAGCCAGAUCGAAGGCGAAGCCUACUCGAUCAAGGCUAGCACAUCGAUGUGA